ACAUUUUCUAUAAUCCACGAAUAAGAAAGAACACUCACCAAUUUAUUUAUUUCUCCGCCCUUCCUUCCUAUUAUCUGCUGAAUAAAGCUCCACUCUUCACAUAUAAUAAUCAAUUCACCAAUUUUUUUUUUGUUGGUCACUAAAUUUGAAAUUAAUUACUAUUUUCAAGCAAGUUUCUUGAAAUUAGUAGUAGCGCCACCCACUUUGAGAUCUGGAAACUACUCUCAGUUUGAGGGGUUUUCUGCCGUUGAGCCAGCUGCUUUAAUCGGGUUAAUGUAUGGUAAUUUGCAAAAGCAGCUUCUUGGGUUUUGUUUGGCUGUUGCCUGAUUGAAAUUUUCAGUUGAAAAAAUUGUCUAAUUCGGAUUAAAUUGUUUGCCCUAAUUUGCUAAAGUUUGCCCCUUUUCCCCCCUUUACCACAAGUUCUUGAGGGUUUUUACUUUAGUUGGCUAAAUUCUCCUUUUUUCUUGAUUGGAUUAGGUUUUAACUUUAAAACUUCAAUAAUUCCCAAUUGCAGUUUUUUUUUUUUUUUUUUUUUUUUUCUGGUUAUAAAAUUAAGAAAAUUGGGGAUUUUUUAACUUAGAAUUUGGAAAUGGAUUAUCCAUGGGAAAACGGGUUCUCGAGUGGCAAUGUAGUGCAAGUUCUUUCGGGCAACCCUACGAAUACUGGAAACGAGAACAUGGGUCCCACGUUCGAAGAUCAAGCAAUGUGGGCCACGGAGGAUGACUACGGUUUGUGGAAUGCAGAAGACACGAGGCAAUCUCAAUCCCGUUUGGAAAGCGAUCAGCCACCGAACAAAAGGUCUAGAACCUUCCAAUCGGUGGAUCUAGAAUCUUCCAACCGGUCAAAGGCAAUCGGGAAAAUGUUCUACAAGACCAAACUAUGCUGCAAGUUCCGAAUCGGGACUUGCCCUUACAUCACCAAUUGCAAUUUCGCGCACAACAUGGAGGAGCUCCGAAAGCCUCCGCCCAACUGGCAAGAAAUCGUUGCCGCCGCGGCCGCCCACGAGGAGGAGCAAGGAGGUGGAGGAGGGUUGACCUCCGGUCAAAGGGAGGAGUAUCAGAUACCGAUUCUUGGGGUUGGUGACGAGGCGCAGAGGAAUUACAAAGGGCGCCACUGUAAAAAGUUCUAUACCGAAGAGGGCUGCCCGUAUGGGGAGAGUUGCACUUUCCUGCACGAUGAGCAGUCGAAAACAAGAGAGAGUGUGGCGAUAAGUUUGGGCCCCGGUAGUGGUGGUGGUGGUGGAUAUAGCAACGGUGGCGGUGGAUAUAGCAAUGGGGGUGGUGGAGGAUCGGUAUUGAAGCCGUCGAAUUGGAAAACGAGGAUUUGUAACAAGUGGGAGCUCACGGGGUAUUGUCCCUUUGGCACCAAGUGUCAUUUUGCUCAUGGAGCUGCAGAGCUGAGCCGUUUUGGUGGAGGACAAAUGGAAUCGGAAGUUCAAGAUUCUUCGAAUCUUGAUGCCAAGCAAGGAGCGGGUCCCACUACAGCUUCGGUAGAUACGGUUCUUCGUUCGGAGGGUUAUCAUAUUGGAGUUCAAUCGCAGAGAUUAAUGUCGAACGCGAUACAGAAGAUUGGGCAGAGAUCAUCUACGCAGAAAUGGAAGGGGCCAGACAAAAUUAGCAAGAUAUAUGGCGAUUGGAUCGAUGAUCUUUGACUACUUAACAAGUUAAUUAUUGCUAAUCGGGUUUUUGUAUUAGGAUAAAUGUGUUCGAUUAUUUGUUCGGUUUUUGUUGUUGUUGUUGUUGUUGUUGUUGUUUGUUGUUGUUGUAUUAUAAGUUUUAUUGUAAACCCUUCCGUAUGGAAUGUUUGUUUUGUUGUUACUGU